UUGUUCAUCCAUUGGCUGAAAAGCGUUCGGUAACUAUGGAAACGCAUGGCUCACCGGGACCGCAGACGGUAAAAAAAUAAGAUUUUAUUUGAUUAUGGUGUAACAAAUUAUAUUACUAUGAGUAUUGACCCAUGUAAUCGGUAGAAGGGCUAAAAUUAGCGUUAAAGGUCGGCUUUUGUUAUAGUGUAAAGUGUGUUUUAGGAUGACUAACUCAUUAACUACUAGCGAGACAGAAAUGUCUAAACUAAAGUCAUCCAUAUUUGCUUUUUUUGUGUGUGAGUAAUGUAUUGCAGGUGUGAUUCCGGACAGUGAUUAGAGAUUUUAUUUAAUAGUUUAUUAUGCGAAUUUUGCCCCAUUAAAAUAUUAUUUUUUUAAAUCCUAUAACCGUUCUAGUUUUAUUUGUUAAACGAUGGAAGCCGUUGUCCAGGCUCCUGAAUCCUCACCAGAGAGAUGAGAACAGCCGAAUAAUGACCUCAAUUGUAAAAGGAAAAAAACACCUUUCCAAGAUAUUAAAUUUUGUACACCAUUGUUAUUAUGUUGUCAAUUCAGAGGUCGAACAGGAAGUUGUAGCCUGUAACUUUCAUCAUUCAAAUAUCAUCAUAAAGCUUUAAUAUUGCACACUAAGCCCUUGUCAGUUUUAGCCUUUUUGGACAUUUUCAUGACAUAAUGUGUAUUGAUACUAUCUUUCGUGUCAGUAGUGUGAAGAAAGAUGAGAGAAGGUGAACGAAUCAUGCCGAAAUCAACUGCUCAAUCUGUGUGAGGUGUUUCAUCGAAAAUCAAACGAGGCUGGAAUCUCAAAGCAGCACUGCAAGACACUAAAACAUUUAUACUGCAGUAUCACUGUGGAAAAAUGGCUCUGGAUGUAUUCUAACAAGAAUCCCUGGAUGACUAACAAGUACCAUGUCCAGCUAAGGCAAUGUGACGUCGCUUUCAGAUCUGGUGAUAAUACACAGUACAGCGCAGCCAGAGCCGACCUGAAAAGAGGCAAGAGGCCAAGACAGCACACACACGAGGGGGAUUGAGCACCAUUUCACUAAUAACAGGGCACUGCAGAUGUGACAGGAAGUCCAGCACCUAACCCACUACAAGACCAGCAACAAUAUUGGCUGAGGGUGACUCUGUACUCGCGGGGUAGCUGAACCACUUCUUUGCACACUUUGAGGUUGAAGGACAAAAGGCAGCCUUUGCUCCAACACCGGACUACAACAGCUCCUGUCUCACGGUGCAGGAGCAUGAGGCUGCUGGACUCAAAUAAUGUGCAGACCCAAGCCAGGAUCUUCCCAAAGAUAUUAAAUGCAUCAAUGUCCCAUUCUUUAUCCCACCAUGCCUGAAGUUGGCUGCGGUUUUCUCGCUGCCCAAAAAGAACAGCAUCAGCAGCCUAAAUGACUACGCACCAGUCGCUCUGACAACAAUUAUCACAACGUGUUUUGAGAAUUGAUUCCACUGCACAUCUUGUCCUGUUUCCCACCCAUAUUUUAACCACAUCGGUUUGCAUACAGAGCUAACAGAUUGACAGACAAUGUCAUGGUCAUGGCACUCCACACUGUCAUCUCUCACCUGGAACAGCAGGGGCGCUAUACUAGCCUGCUCUUUGUAGACUUUGGAUCUGUUUUAACACAAUACUCCCAGACAGACUAACAAUAAAAUUACUGGACAUCGGACAUGGUCUCAUCACCCACUGCUGCAUCAGAGACUUUCUCUCUGACAGUGUCAGGGUGAGUCCCCAUCUCCCCGCAGCCCUAAGCUUCAACACCGGCUCCCCUCAGGGGUGCGUGCCUACUGUACACACAUGACUGUGUCAACACCUGCACAGACAAUAAUAAAUUCAGCAACGCACCAUAAUAUUUCUCAUCUCUGGUGACAGUGAGAUGAUAUACAGGGAUAAGUUCGGUGGGGUGGUGUGAGGACAACAACUUGGUCCUUAACACCGCUUAGCCCAAAGAACCGAUUGUCGAUUUUAGGAGGCGGCUGUCCGAAGUUACAGCCCAUCACCAUCAACGUGGAGUGUGUGCAGAGGGAGUCCAGCUUUAAGUUCCUGGGCAUGCACAUGACCUCCAGUGGAGCACGAACACCUCGACACUUAUGAAGAAGGUCAGGAGGGUCAAUCUAAGGAGGAAGCUGCUGACCAUCUUCUAUCGCUGCUCCGUUGAGAGUCUGCUGACGUACUGCAUCGCUGUGUGGUUCACCAGCUCCACCAUGGCAAACAAGAAGGAACUACACAGGGUCAUUAACACAGCCCCAAAAAUCAUUUGCCACCCUCUCCGCUUCUUGAAGGACCUCCACAGCCCCCUUUGUCUCAAAAGGGCACGCAGCAUCCUCCAAGACCACACACACACUCAGGACACUGGGGAAUGUAAGCUGCUGCCUUCUGGCAGGAUAUACAGGGUGGUGACGUCAUGGACAAACAGACUCAGGGACAGCUUCACAAUGACAAAUGAAACAUCAGAUUCUGCAAUAACAUAAUACAUGGUACAGUACCCCAAUUUUGUUUAUAUUUCCAAGAUAAAGGAUGGUUUUUUUUUUUUCUUUUCUUAAACAUUGCCCACAAGUUUAAUAAAGGUGUUGAUGAUGGUGACAGAUUGAUUCUGGUACAAAUAAUUCACUUUACAGUGUUUCUUAUGUAUUCAUAAAACCCAUAUAUUUUAAGCUAAGAAUAUAACAUUUUGGUAUAACAGAUAACACUAGCAGGGGCCUUGUCACUGACUAGUCUAAAAUAAAAGCUGUGGUUUACAAUCAUGUUUCCAUAAAAUGCAUGAUAAUUUUAUGUACUUUUUAAAAAUGUAGUCCUCCAUAACCCACCUGCAAUCAUGUCGAGGCUCACUGGAGGCCCGACCAUGCUGACUGUGGAAAGCAGGAGAUUGAGGAGGAUCAUUGCUGAAAAUCCAAACUGGUCCUUGGCCCUUGUGCCCUUUUUAUCAACCCUAUGCCUCGAAUGUAUUGUGAGAAACUUUGAGGAAACCCCCAUCUAUGAGGAGCUUACACCCAGCCAGAGAGACUUUGUGCAGGAGAGGCUGUCGCCCUCUCUGCCCCUUCCUGUGACGGCCAACUUGGUUGAUGAUGGCGUCUACUGGCGGCGGUGCUGUGAGCAACGGUGGGACAUUUGUGACGUGUCUCACUACGGCCACAGCUGGAAGCGAAUGUUCUUCGAGAGGCACCUGGAAAAUAUGAUCGAACACUUCAUCCCAGAGACAACCCCCCUUAAGACAGUCGCCGAUGAGAUCCCGCUGUGCGAGGCUUACGUGAAGAGGCUGGACAUUUCCCAAAUGCUGCCGCCCAUCAAGGAGGCCAAGGUGGGAAUCGGAGAAAACGUAGACUGGCUAAGCGAAACCGACUCGGACGCAGCUCACAUGGAACACUAUGACUUCCGCAACCUCCUGAGCAUGUUGAGAUGCUUGGAGGAGUUCCACUUGACCUACUGGGUCAAACAGUGUGGAAUGAACUUUGAAUGGAAGAUGUUUGAGAUGGCUGAACGAGACUGUGAGACUCUCUCCAUGGCUCUUGAAUGCUGCAAGACCUUAAAGGUAGUACGACUCUAUGAAAGUCACAUUGAUGAUGAAAAGUGUAAGUUGCUGGCUAAACACCUAGUGGAGCACUCCUCCCUGAGAGAGCUCAACCUUUCCCACAACGUGAUUGGAGACAGGGGGGCCAAGGCUGUCGGCAAGUUGCUCAGCAGUAGCAAACUGGAGAUCCUCAACAUGAGCGACAACAUUAUUCGAGACGUGGGAGCCAACGCCAUUGCUGACGCCUUGUCCAAUAACUGCACCCUUUUGUCCCUCAACUUAAGAAUCAACCGUGUGAGCGACGAGGGGGGGCAGGCCAUCAGCAAGGCCUUACUGAACAAUAGCAUCCUGCUUCAUUUGCACCUGGGAGCCAACCUCUUGACUGGCCCCACUGCCAUCACGCUGUCAGAAGUGCUGGCUAAAAAUCAAACGCUAAAAACCAUCAACCUCUCCUGCAACAAACUGGGUGUGGAUGGAGGCAAAGCUCUGGAGGAGGCCAUAACUCAAAACAGCUGCUUGAGAGAAUGCGACGUCCGUCUGACAGAGGUGGACGAGCAGAGCGCCUCCAUCAUCAACCAGGUGGUUUGCAACAAUAAGAGUGCCUCAGUCACCAACCAGGUGGUUUGCACCAAUGAGAGCACUUCCUUCAUCAACCCGGUGGUUUGCACCAAUGAGAGCUUAGAGCAAGAGGAACAACCACUGGAUGACGAGGUACAACCACAAGACGACGAGGCACCAUCUGAAGCCCCCACUUCCACCAACAGUACCUGAUGUUUUUAGGUAGAUGUACUUUGUUUCAUUUUGUUGAAUAUUUUGAUGCACCAUUUUGGUGAUAACUAUUAACCAACCAAGUGAAUACAACUCCUAAAAAAAUACUAUAAAAAUAAACUUUAUCAAAGGGUUCAUAACUCACAAAUAUUUUCCUGGAAACUAUAUAUAUAAACAGUACAAGUCAUGGUAAUUUUAACUCUGCAAGGGGUAAUUAAUCUAACUGGGAAAAUUGUAUUCAGAUGGAGACAACAAAGGUUGCAAAUUUAUUAAGCUUUAUUAUUUUUUCACUAAGUAAAACAAUGUUAAUUACAAAAGAUUUGGAUCAAUACAUCUAUUUCCUAUAAAUUCCAUUUCCAUUCAUUCACAUUGGAAGUUCAGAAAUGUCUAGUUACCCUCAUUUAGUAGUAUAAUAAUUAGACUUCAU